UAUACGUUUCAAUAGAAUUAUGUUCGAUAAACGGAGUUUCAAAUCUUUUAGAAGACAAGUAGAAGAAAUUUCACGAUGUGGUUCAUUUGUAUGAUUCUUCUGUAUUGUUUCUUCCUUCCAGUAAACUGUUCGAAAAGUGGAUUGUUUCUUCUUUCCAGUGACCAGUUCGAAAGUAGAGAGAUAUCCAAAGAGGAAUAUUUCAAUAACAGUUCUAUAGUGAAGGAAAUUAAAAAAAUAUAUAAACGUUCCAGUAAAAAGUAUGGUUUCACGGAAGACGAACGAAGUGAUAUUUUAAAUUUGAUUAAUUUCUAUAGAAAUAACACUAAACCAAUGGCUGCCAAUAUGAUGAAAUUGGAAUGGAGUGACACUUUAGCAAAUUUAGCUAAGUUGUGGUCCGAUCGAUGCAAUGUAGACGAAAGUAGUGGCCCUGCUGGAUGUUUACACAAAAUCAAUCAGAAUGUAUACAUCGGAUACGAACCAUUCGAGACUAUUUUACAAAUUUGGAACGGGGAAUCUCAACAUUAUAAUUACUCUAAUGCUACAUGCGAUAAAAACAGCAAUUGUGAUAAAUAUCUUACUAUGAUUUCGGCUGAUGUUCGUUUCGUUGGCUGUUCGCUAACAGAUUGUUUGAAAACUGGUUUUAAAUUUAUGAUGGUUUGCAACUAUUUUCCAAAAAUCAAUAUUCGAGGGAAAGCACCUUAUCAAUCAGGUGAAGCUUGUAGUAAAUGUAAUGGUAGUAGAUGUGAAAAUAGUUUAUGUGUGAAUAAAGAUAUGCAAUUACCAUCAGAUCUUAAGACUUGUGCUGGAUGUAUACAGCAAAUUAAUAUAUCGCUCAACACAUGGAUGACCCAUGGCGAUGUCUCACAAGAGGACUGUUUUAUGGGAAAAUAGCACCCUAAUUUGGUAUUAGAAACCGGAAGAUAACCUGGAAAAUUCUGUUCAGAAGUUACUUCGGCUAUGACCCCAAAACUCGGACGUGACCCAAAGUCUUGGAUUUGACAGAAGGAUGAUUCUGCAAUGGGCUUUCGAAGAAAAGAAUCAUUUCCUUCCGACUUUUGUGUAUUAAUUAUGGACGGUUGUUUUCUUCAACGUGUUUGUGACUUUAUGAAUAGGCUAGACUGAAUUUUAAACUCUUCAGAAAACAGACUGGAAUUUAUAUGAAUCUCAAUGGCUGAUGCUUUGCUAAAACCAUAGCUUGUAUAUAUAUUUUAACAUUGAUAUAUAAAACUACAAUUUAAUUAUUAAGUUAUAAAUAUUUAUAUGCUACAACUAUUAUAAAUAUCAAAAUAUCGAUAUUUUCUUGAGAUAAUUCGAGAAUUGCCGGACACAUAAAGACUAAAUUUUGAGAAUCUUCUGUCCAGGAUUUGGACCAAAUGGAGUUGUUGACACUUCAUCUGGACCC